GAAUACUACCAUCUUCAGUUGUCUUAAGGUUUACCGAAUUGUCCUUUCUUUUAAGAUAAAUGACCAAGGAUGUGUUCCAUGGGCAAGCUGUGCAUUUCCUGAACUGAGGUGCACAGUCAUGGGAAAGUUCUUCAGCAAACCCAAGAAGAACAAAUACAGUAGUAGGGAGGUGGGGUUGUCCGGAGGAGACAUGGGUGUGGCAGAGUCCCAUCUCACAGGCAGCUCCCCAUCGGCGACAGAGUUUCACCCUCACAUCCAUGAGGACGCAGUCACAGCAGUUGCUGCUGUUAGGCCAGGAGUCUGCUUAUCAGGAAGUAAAGAUAAGGCUGUAAUCCUUUAUGACUUCAAUUCCCAUCAAGAACUACAAAGGUGGUUAGGCCACGAGAAGGAAGUGACCAAGGUGUUGUAUGGCUCGUUGUCUGACCGGGUGUUCAGCGCAUCACGUGACACGUCUAUUCAAGUUUGGUCCCUGGGGUCAAAGGAGAGUCUGAGAAGUUUCACAGGACACAGCCUUGUGGUGACGUCUAUUGAUCUCAGUCCAGACGAGAAGCAACUGAUAUCGGGCUCACGGGAUAACUCUGUCAGACUCUGGGAUGUGGAAGCUUGUCAGCAGAUACGACAGAACUGCAUCUCACGUAACCUGGUGAACACGGUAAAGUGGGUUCCUGGCUCUGACCUAGUAGUGCAAGGUGGAGAAGACAAGGAAGUCAGAGUGUUUGAUACCCGUACAAUGGAAGUGGCCUUCUGUUUUCCCCGUAAGCAGUAUAUCCAGAUGUGCAGUGAUGUCAGCAUUGACGGGCAGUACUGUCUGACGUGUAGUAACGGGUUUGGGGGCAGCGGAUGUGAGGCAACACUGUGGGAUCUACGGACAAGGAGCCUAGUAUCAGAGUACAGAGGUCACACGGAGGCUGUUGAGGGCUGUGCUUUUCUCCCCCACAGGGAUGGCAAGUUACUGGUGACCAGCUCUCGGGACUGCAGUGUGAGAAUCUGGGAUCGCAGUACUAAGGAGUGUGUGGGUAAUUUAUUUGUGAGUGGCUCUGGUCCGCUGACAUCGGUGGCUCCCUGCAGUGAUGGCAGCAUAUGUGUUGGCAGUUUCAACUUAGGAAUUCAACUUCUUCAUCUGAAUGAAGAUGACAUUCUCUGUCACAGAGCACAGUUUUGAUGAAUUCCUCCUGUGCCUUUUUCAUGGACAUAAUUAAUCGACACUGCAACUGUUGAAUGGAUAUGACCGCGUGAAAUACGUCCUCUUUUUUUGCCGUCCAUCUUCCCGUCUAUUUGUGUCCUUUAUUGGCCCUGGUUUUCCACCCACAUUUUUUGACAGUUGUAUUUUUUGUGUACAUGUAUUUUGUUUGGCAUAUUUUGCUUAAUAUCACAUUGA